UGUCGUAAUGUGUAUCGAGGUCACACAGAGUCGUUUACAUCAGCUAACACAGUCAUUCAAAGUCAGUCAGAGUUGAUAAUUUAGAUGUAAAUUUCGGUUGAUGAACUAACUGGGGGUUUAGUGACAGAAACAAAGAGUUUAACCAGCGGAAACGGGUUGAAUCGGUUUGUUAAUCCACAGUGUGAACAGUCAAACAUCAGAUCCUCCUUCCGUCCACUCUGCAUCACUUCAACACCUGACGACCUCAGAUGACUCUCAGCCAAUCAGAGCCUGCGAAGAGAAUGAGGUGACGAAGCUGCAUCAGAGCUCAGACGCUCAACAGGAAGGAGACAAAGUGGAGCAUCGUGGGGUGUUUAGAGUCCUCUGCGUUCAGUCUGUAGCUUCAGCUUUAUACUCAUGACACAUUCAGGGCUCAACAUCACCUCCAGUGUUUGUAAUCAGACAUCUGCCCUCAGAGAAACCGAAGCUUUUCAUAUUCACUUCAAUGCAUUCAGUUUGAUCACAGCAGCAUUUAGUGGACAUCUAGCUGAAGACACUCAGUACUAGUGUCAACGUGCUGUCAGCUGUGGUCCUGGUUCCUGAUUUCCCUGGUUUUGAAGAAGGAUCUUUGGUCUGGUGAGGUUGAGUUUGUCGGAUGGCGCGCCACAGUAAGCUGCAGAAACAGGUCCUGGCUCUGUACCGGCAGUUCCUGCGGGCCGGCCACGACAAACCGGGCUUCAUCCCCCGAAUCCGUGACGAGUUCAGAGAGAACGCUCGCAUCAAGAAGACGGACGUGAUGCACAUCGAGUACCUGUACCGACGAGGACAGAGACAGCUGGAGCAGCUGAAGGACGUCAACACCAAACAGCUGGGCUCCUUCUCCAAACCCGCAGAGAAGAGCUGACCUGUGACCUGCAGGAUGUCAUGUGACUCACAACCAACAACACGGACACCAACCAAUACCUGUCAAAGACUUGGCUGCUGGUGAAAUGUCACGAUGCUGCGUUCAAGUCCAGAGGAGAAAUAAAUGCUUAGUAUGGACAAAAUGUGAUGUGAUAAACAUAAAGAUCAUUUUUGGAUGUAACAAGUUUUAUGAGCUGUAACAGCAAAUAUACAAGAGACUGUUUAGACACUGAAAAUGAAUAAACGUCUUCUGACUUCACGUGAAAUAAUAAUAAAAAAAAAACUGUGGAAAGAUUCAUAUUGCAGUAAUAAUCACAGGAACACUGAGUCAUCAACAUGUUAACUAUUCAAGGUGCCAAAUUACAGUUUUUACUCAUGUUCAUGUUAGUCGAACAAAAUCCAGCCGUUUUUUUCUUGGUCUUUGUCACAUUUAAUUCCCACUGUGGUCAAAUUAAUCACAAAUACCAGCUUGAAAAUGUACAGAAGGUUGCAAAUGAAUCAACCAGGGUGAGCAAAUAAAGGAAAAGUGUGGAUUGUGCCAAAUCAAUAAAGAAAUAAAACAAAAACUCUA